ACAAGUUUUGCCCUCAAUUUUCCAGUGUAGCAAAAAAACUAGCAAGCUUUGAUUCUUUGGAAAUUUGUCGGAGUUAUCGAGGCCUUCAUAUUAAAAACUAUGAGUGCUCAAUCAAACGAAUCAUGGAGGAUGAAUUCACCAGAAUUAAUACAGCAGAUGGCACUGCUGGCCUGGCUGAACAAAAAAGAGGAUGGUGAUUCGUUCUACAAGUUGGUCUCCACAGCCAGGGUGUGGUAUGAACUAUACCAGCGGGUCAGCCACAGUGAUGAGAUUGAUGCUUAUAAGGCGGAGACUAUCUUGGCGAUUGCAAGCUAUGUGAAGACCCACCCUCGUGCAUCUCAAGAUGAAAUGGCCAAAGAGAUCGGCAAACAGAUCCAGACAUUUGCUGCCAAGGUAGAGGCCCUAUGAGAGAUCUUCUCUGGAUGUGUUUGUAUAUAAAACAGUAGUACUGCAUAGAGUCCUUCAAUUUGUAUUAUUUGAUGUCUUUUUUUAUGUCCUUUGCCUGAGACCCUAGUCUAUGACUUCGGUUGAAUAAGGCUGCCAGAUGUAUGAAUUGGUAAACAAGACUAGAUUCUUUAGAUCAGAACUUUUUUUAACGAACCAGGGCCUUUUCAACAUACCUGGCUGCUACACCACACACCUCAGUAAAAUCAGGCUUGGAAAUAACUUAAAUUCUAGAAUAACUAUAGACAUGUACGAUGUAUAUUAUGCUUGGGCCUAUCUUGAUUUGUAAGAACUUAAAUAAUCAGUAUUGCCUUCUGCAUAUUCUUGAAAACAUUGACGUGGCUAUUUGUAAUAUGCAUGCAUUGUUAGAAUGUAUGUUAACACAUCCAGAAUGGUUACAUGAAGAAGCAUUGAUUCAGUGGCUUGUGAAUGCAUUAGUCAGUUGAUGUGCUUAUUAUUGGUGAAUUUGUGUGAAGCCAAGAUCAAUAUGGAAAUAAAUGAUAACCUCUUAAAUCAUUCAAAGCAUUGCAACUACCUUUAGUUGGGCUGCUGCUCAAAAGUCCUAUCAACAAGAACCUGAUCGCAAGGUUUUGCUUUAAAUUAUUCAAAUGAGCGUGCUAGUGAUUGAUUACAUUAUUACAUAUAUCUCUUUCUUGUGAUAUUUUGUCCAUAAUAUAUAAAUAAUUUUAUCUUUUGUUGACAUUCACAUAAUAUACAUGUACAUGUAUGGCAUGUUGUGUUAAUUGUUGUGUGGGCUUUUUUGGGGGGGGGGGUGGAGUUUUUACUAUUGUUUGUGUAAAAAAAAAUCAAGUUGUAUUUAUUGUGAAAAAAGUAAUCUCCCUUGCAUCAAAGGGACUUAAACUUUUUAAUGUUUUAGAACCAAUAGUCUUGAUGCAAGACAUCCUUAGGAGUGCAAAAGUUACUGUACAGGCUGGCAGUAGCAGCCCGAAAAAGAGUUCCAUAGCUGGACAUCACUUGACACCCUGUGCACAAACCCUGUCAGACUGGUCUGAAAAAUUCCAAGUGUUUUCUCAGUGUCUGCUAAAUUUGACUUUUUAGCCAGGACAUGUUAUUGCUUUCUGACGGGUGAUAGGUCAAUGCAGGGGAAAUUUAGUGAUGUCCAUGUAUGGAAUUCUCCCCGCAGCCAGUGCAUGUCUUGAAAUUACUGCACCAAGGACGUCUUGACUAUUUGAGUUUAACAUCCCAAUAUAUAUGAUAAUUAAAAUUUUGUUAAACUGUCUUAAGCUUAAAUCAACAUGGGAGUUUAUUUCCAUAACGCGAAAUACCCAUUUGAAAAAAGGUGAAAAUUUUGUAGAGUUUUGGAAACUUUAAAGAAUAAACAAAUUUCUACAGUAGAAUGCCACUAUAACUGUUUCAUUUUGCCAACGCGCAUGGCUACGGCGACACGCCUGCAUUCCAGAAACCGGAGACUUUUUGGGGGCCUUAAUAGUGCUUGUUUGUUAUAGUGCUUGUGCAUUGUAAUAAUAGAAUUUACUAUUUCAGGAGCCACAGGGGAUGUUCAUUAUAGCCAAACGUUCAUUAUAGCGGUGUUCGUUACAGCGGCAUUUCACUGUAGCAGCUGUUUCUAAUCUUAAUUUUUCACUUUAUUAUAUUCUCAAAUUGUGUGUAACUGUAUAACAGCCAAGAGAGGGCGGCAUUCUAAAAAGUUACAAAUGGCAUUUAUCACGUUUUUGGAAAUAUGGUCUUCACAUUUAAUUGGUAUUUUCAGUCAUUCACAUCAAAUGUUAAACAGUGAAAGUUGACAUCGAGGGACCAUUACAAACAUUUGUUUAAAACCAAAGACAUUGCGUUCUUGCUUGGGACAUACAUGUAGUCAAAAAGCGGUUUACAUGUAUUCAACACUGUUUUCUCAAGCACUGUGUCUAUAACUCCCAUGAGUUUGAAUAGUCAAUGAUUCAACUUUUAAGCUUACAUGUAGACCUUAAUGUAAAAAAAAAAUAAUUGUUGAGGUUAUGGUUUGGUUUGUACAUGUAAUUGAGCGCACAGACGCCGCCACAUUAAAAAAAUGUAGUGUUAUUUUGCAAGUUUAUAUUGCUGUAAUUCUUUAUAUUUAAUUGUUCAAUAUUCUAAUAUGUUAUAUGUAUGAAACUGAACUAGUUUCUAGUAUUGUAUAUUAUUAAUUAUAUAUGCUGACAGAAAGCAAAAUUAAAACAAAUACAAGCAAAUUUCAAAUCAAGUGAA